AUGGAGAGAACCUGCCCAAGAUGCAAACAGGUUCAUCAAGGUAGCUGUAGACCUGAACCAUUGAAAUGUUUUAACUAUGGAGAAAUUGGGCACACCUCAACCUACUGUAGGCAGAUCAGAAGGUGUUUCCAUUGUAAUUCACCAGACCAUGUUAAAGACAAGUGUCCACAGCUGAAACCACCACAACUAACUUUGGGAAACAAUGCUUCAAACAACAGAGGAAGGCCUGGUGUUAAUAGGGGAGGAUUUGGUAAAGCUCAAGGCAGAUCCUUCCAAAUGACUGAAACUGAGGCAGAAGCAGCACCAGGUGUGGUAACAAGUACUUUCUCAAUCAACUCAAUAUGUGCUAAGGUGCUUUUUGAUUCAGGUGCAAAAUUUUCAUUUGUAUCUCCUUUAUUUGCUAAAAGUGUCUGCAUGAUCCCAAUAUUACUUGAUAAAAAGCUGAUAGUUGAGACUGCAAACAGUCAAGAAACUAUAGCUUCUGUAUACCAAGAUUAUGCCAUCAUUAUUGAAGGUUGUAAGCUACCCAUCCGUUUGUUCCCUAUGCCAAUGAAGGAAUUUAAUGUAGUGGUGGGGAUGGACUGGUUAGCCAGUAACCAGACAUCCAUUUUGUGCAACCAAAAGAGAGUGAAAAUAGAGCUUCCAGGCAAAGGAACAGUCAUAAUAAAGGGUGAUCACCAGGAUCAUCAUCCUAGUCUUCUAUCAUCAGAAAUAGCAGAACCAGAAUCUAUUCUUGUUGUCAAAGAAUAUCCUGAAGUCUUCCCAAAUGAUCUGUCUGGUCUUCCACCAGACAGGGAUGUGAAAUUCAAAAUUGAACUCACACCAGGGGCUGCACCCAUAGCAAAAGCUCCUUACAGACUAGCCCGCCUGAAUUAA